UGAUCAUCACAAAGACUAGGAAUCUACCUCUUGAAGUCAGACAAGGGUGACAGAAGGUAUCACUCAGGAACAAUAAUUGCAAGGAGUAAACCCCAGGAGUUUGAACGGGAAUCUUAAUAGCACAGGAGGACAUUGUAAUGGCACCACUAAGAAGCAAUAUUUCGGACGAGGCAACCAAGCGACUGGUUGAGCUUGAAACAGAGUACAGGACACAACGCUCUGCAGAGCAACUACACGCGGUAGCAUCAUUUCCGCACCUGUUUGACGAGUUUCCUUAUGCUGUCAUUAUCAACGCGGGAAUAUUGAAGCUUGCAGAUUGGUUCAGGAACAGCAACAAUAUCCAACGACAUGCCAUCCUUCAAGUGUUCAAGAAGAGUCAGCGACAUCUGAAGAUGGUCGUCAAUGUCGAAGAGACCAUCAAACGCAUUUCUCCCAUGCUGCAGUCUAACGACCCUUUAGCACGCGCCAUCACUCUUCGGACUCUCGGAUGCAUGUCAACUAUUGCUUCAGACCGAAUCGACGUCUAUCACAAUAUCAUCCACUCGCUCGAUUCUUCAGAGGCAAUGGAGGUCAGUGCGGCGAUCUAUGCCGCCGAUAUGCUCUGUGCCCAAUCGCAGCGUUUCUGUGCCAUCAUCUCGGGAAAGCUGGCAUUCAUGGUCCGGGACAUAAAAACCCCGCUGCCGCUCAAAAGACGACUUAUCCGGAUCUUUGGACAUAUGUUUGAGGAUAUCACUCUGGCACGAUUGGCCAGAAAAACGUGUCUAGAUAUUUUGAACCUGAACCAGGAUGGCGAAUACACGGUUGCAAUUCUAAGGACGCUGACUCGACUGGCGUCUCAUUCAUUGGUGGAUGUUAAUCAACAAAUUGAUUUGCUGUUGCAGCGGACGCAGGAACUCUCGCAUUCACAGCCAGGAAUCCGCCGCGUAACGCUAAUGUGCGUUGGGUCACUCGCUCAAAAGAAUAUCGAGUUCAGUCCAGAGCAGAUCAGGGUGAUCUUUGAUAUCGCACUAGAAUCGAACGAUGAACGCACAACACUAAGGGCGAUGGCGACGCUGCGCAAGAUCUUUUGCUUGACGAAUGUCAUGACUUCGAUCUGUUUGAUGGAUUCUGGGACUGAGAGCAUGAAGGGUUACAUCGGAACAUGCCUACGAAUCCUUGAGCGGUCAUCCCUGUCCCUAUCAUCUCCUUCGACUCUGGCUUCAGUAUCGAGGCUCGUGGUGUUGGAGUGUUAUGGGCUCUUAUCAAUCAUCUUGCCCUCUUAUCAACGGUUCGAAGGAAUGGGCUCGUUCACUGGCGCGGACGAAACUUUCCGGGAGGCAAUCAAAGUCGAUACGCGGUCAAUGGAACAGUUCUUGGUCCGGAUAUGGUCACAAAGCUCGUCAAAAUCCGCGGCAGGCGACUAUUUGUCAACGGCGGAGAACAUGGCUCAAUCAAGGACGGUACUCUGGUCCUUAGUCACCCUUACAUUGGAGGAGGACUCAGGGGUCGAUACCUUGCUUGCGAAUCUCAUGGAAUGGAUCGGCGCCUAUAAGGACAUAUCGGCGUUAUUGGCAAAGGCUCUGUUUCGCAUCGCACAGCAGCAGCCAAGGAGAGUACACUCUCUGCAUGAAACGAUCAUGGUUUACUUGGAAUCCAAUGUGGAUUCUCCAGACACACGGACCUUUAUCUUAGUCUACAGAGCACUACUUGAGUCAUUUACACUCAAAAGAAUAUCCCUUCCCACCUCUGCGCUCGAAGCCUUCGAAACCCGCAUCUCGCAACUGCUUGAGCAGUUCGGGCGAAUAGAUAUGAUGGAGCAUUAUACGAGGAACCACUGGGAACUCUAUCAGAUAGCCCGGUACUCGUUGCAGACGGGUUGGUCGUCACUAGCCUCACUGGCACUUAGGAAUCAGGAAAAGUUGGUGACGAGUGUGUCCGCUGUACUAUGGCUGAUGGUCGUGCAGACCGUGGCGCUUAUCGAGAGUUCGUUGCAGAACGCUACUGCUGCAGCAACUCUAUCAACGUCCACGUCAAAAUCAUCUACAGCAGUGCAGCAAGAAGGCGACCCCAACGGACGCUUGGACUUGUAUUCACAGCAACAGAUGUACAUCAAGGUUGCGGGCUACCUCGAGGAACUUGAAGCACAUCAAGUUGACAGGACCUUCCACCUGCAGCUCUGCAGCCUGCGUUGCAGUUAUCUUCAGGUCUGCCAAUCGACCGUGGCCACACUCCAACUUUUGUCCACGACCCUCUCAACCCACCAUCUUCAUGACACAGCAUUUUCGGCCCUGCCUGGAGACGAGAUUGCGCUGCACCAAUGCGCUGCAAGAUUCAACCAGCUGGCACAUGAGUACACGCUGUUGCGGACGUCUGUUACCUCACAACUGUCGUCCUUCCCGACUAACUCGUUGAGUUCAUCGGAAGCCCCAACGACAGAUACACAAUCAGAUGGUGCGCUCCAGGUGCUGCAGACCAUCUGCCUUAUCAUUGCAUACGCUGUCCAAAAAGUUGCCAAGAUCUUGGGCCGUGCUGAUGCUGUUAAUGCAGAGGAGGGCAAGAGACAGCAUAAGGAAGAAGAUCUCGAUGACGUGUUUGACAUCGACCCAUUAUUGAUUCCGCUGCUAUACCUCCAGGGUCAGGAGCUGAACGAGAAGCAGGGCGCUGGAGAUCCACAGAAAUCAUAUCUGGAGUCGUUCAAGUCCUCGACACGACUGACGCUCAACUUUCUGAACGACCAAGUGAAGGGUGGCGACAUUGGUGCAUUGGAGAGGGGCAUCUCGAUCGCCCGACAGCUCAUUUCGCAGUACGUCUCGCUCCCGAUUGCUAUCCCACAAGAGUUCUUUGUUUCGGCUCGAUCUCAAAAGCCAAUAGCUUGACCAUAGGUCGACGUGUGCCGAAUAUCGUAGCAAAACCAACUACAAUAAAACAUUGGCGCCUUCUAUUAUAACACAAUAU